ACUCAACGUAGAAUAUAUACAUCUGCUAGAUCUCUUAGUCCAUUAUUUUAAAGAGAGAGAGAGAGAGAGAUGGGAGACGAAAACAACAAAGGCAGAGUAUGUGUGACUGGUGGAAGUGGUUUUGUGGGAUCAUGGAUGGUGAAAAGGCUUCUCCAACAUGGCUAUUCUGUCAACACAACUAUCAGAAUGCAUCCAGAGAAAGAAAGGGACAUUAGUUCCUUGAGAAAUCUGGAAGGCGCAUCGGAAAGGCUAGCGGUUUUCGAAGCGGACCUCGACCGGCCGGCGAGCUUCGCGGCGGCGAUCGAGGGCUGCGUCGGCGUGUUCCACGUGGCGCACCCCCUCGACUUCGAGGAGAGGGAGGCGGAGCAGGUGAAGAUCGAGAGAGUGGUGAACGGAGCCGUCGGCAUUCUGCAGGCGUGCCUCGACGCCAAGACCGUCAAACGCGUCGUUUACUGCUCGAGCACCUCCGCCGCCAUCGUCAUCAACGAGGAGACCGGCGGCGUCGACGUCAUCGACGAGAGCUCGUGGACUGAUGUGGAAUUUGUGAGAAGUUUGGGGAUAUUUGGGGGACCUUACAUGGUCACAAAAACCUUGGCGGAGAAGAGUGUGUUGGAUUUUGGUGAGAAGCAUGGUUUGGAUGUUGUGGCUGUGCUUCCCACGUGGAUUCAUGGCCCUUUCAUUUGCCCUUACUUGCCUGACUCUGUCUCCAUAUUUAUGUCAUUCAUUUUAGGGAAGAAGGAAUGUUACCAUCAGCUGGGGAGGACUAGUGUGGUUCAUGUGGACGACGUCGUAAGAGCCCAUAUUCACCUGUUUGAGAAUCCUGAAGCAAAAGGGAGAUACAUUAUUUCGAAUGUUGAAAUUACGAUUGAAAAAUUGCAUGAAUUUCUGUCAGCUAAAUAUCCUGAAUAUAAGCUACCAUCCACAGAUGAGUUUGCGGAUCUGAAACGUGUUACAAUCCCCAGCUUGUCAAGCCGGAAGCUUGUGGAAAGUGGGUUCAACUUUGAAAAUGGAUUGCAAGAAAUGUACGAUGGGGCCAUCAAAUCUUGCAAACAAAUUGGUCUUCUUUAGUUUCUCUUUCUUUUCUUUUUUGGGUCGGUACGCCAAAAAAAAUGGAAAUAUAUUGUCGAAAAUGAAAUGAGAUAUUAUUAUUGGGACGGCCUAAAAAGAAAAGUAGGAUAUUACUAUUUGGACGAAAGGAAAUAUUAUUACCCGCAAUCUACUUAACAAUAUCAUC